UCAGAAUUGAGGAGGGUGUAGCUUGUGCCACAAUUCGACUGUGAUUGACUUUGAUUCUCCGGGACUGCGUUUUCGCGGGAAGACUGCCCGCUACGGUUUAUUGUGGACGCGUGGACUGUGUCAGGGAAGCGUGGGUUGUCACUUUUCUACAAGCUUUUCCGUCUGAAGGGAAAAUUUAUCUACGUUCUCACAGUUGACCCAACCGUUGAUAAAAAUCUUUAAGAGGUGAAGCUGAGCCCAGAGCUGCAUAUACAGCUAAUCUAUAAAAAUGUGUGGGAGUAAAGCAAUCUGAAGGAAAUUCAAGACCACAAAAUUGACUCAGCGAAAUACAUUGUAUUGUUCAUACCAAGAAUAAGAGUGUUUGAAGAAAGACCUUUAUUCUGCUAAAUCAUGAUGGAGGCAGAAGAACAAGAGCCAUGGAAGACAGCCUUUUACUCAGAAUUACCUAAACUGGAACUUCAUGCCCACUUGAAUGGGUCCAUUAGUUCUAAUACUAUGAAGAAGUUAAUAGCCAAGAAGCCAGGUCUUAAAAUCCAUGAUAAGAUGACUAUAAUUGACAAGGGAGAGAAAAGAACUUUGAAAGAAUGUUUCCAGAUGUUUCAAAUUAUUCAUCAGCUUACUACCAGCCCUGAAGAUAUUCUAAUGGUCACAAAAGAUGUCAUCAAAGAAUUUGCAGAUGAUGGUGUCAAGUACUUGGAACUAAGGAGCACACCCAGAAGAGAAAAUGCUACAGGAAUGACUAAAAAGACUUAUGUGGAAUCUAUACUUGAGGGUAUAAAACAGUCCAAACAAGAAAACUUAGAUAUUGACGUUAGGUAUUUGAUAGCAAUUGACAGAAGAGGUGGCCCUUCAGUAGCCAAGGAGACUGUUAAACUUGCUGAAGAGUUCUUCCUUUCUACUGAGGAUAUAGUUCUUGGCCUUGAUCUCAGUGGAGACCCUACUGCAGGACAAGCAAAAGACUUCUUGGAACCUCUUUUAGAAGCUAAAAAAGCAGGUCUGAAGUUGACAUUGCAUCUUUCAGAGAUUCCAAACGAAAAACAAGAAACACAAGUACUCCUGGAUCUGCUUCCUGACAGAAUCGGGCAUGGGACAUUUCUCAACUCCUCUGAGGGAGGAUCCCUGGAUCUGGUGGACUUUGUGAGGCAACACCAGAUACCACUGGAACUCUGUUUGACCUCAAACAUCAAAAGUCAGACAGUUCCAUCUUACGACCAGCAUCAUUUCGGAUUCUGGAACAGCAUUGCCCAUCCUUCUGUGAUCUGUACCGACGAUAAGGGUGUUUUUGCAACACACCUUUCUCAGGAGUACCAGCUGGCAGCUGAAACAUUUAAUUUGACCCAGUCUCAGAUGUGGGAUCUAUCUUAUGAAUCCAUCAACUACAUAUUUGCUUCUGACAGCACCAGGUCUGAACUGAGGAGGAAGUGGAACCAUCUGAAGCCCAAAGUGUUACAUUUUUAAGCUGUAAUGAGCCCUACUUCGUUAUGAACUAAAUUUCCCAAAGUAUGA